AUAAUGAUCAAGAAGGGCCACCCAUAACCAAACAUGACAACUUUUACAGCCUUCCAAUCCUUCAAUGGUUCUCAAUUGCAGGAGAGCUUUGCAUUUCUUGCAAAUUCAACCAGAGAAUUAUUCAGGAAAUUUCUUCUAUGGACUGUUUCAGCAGGCCCAGUUCCAAAGCAUGUUGCUAUCAUAAUGGAUGGCAAUAGGAGAUAUGCAAGGAAUAGAAGUAUGCAGAAAUGGAGGGGACAUGAAUUUGGGUAUAACAGCCUGAUGCAUACUCUGAGGGACUGUUAUGAACUGGGUGUAAAAUGUGUGAGUGUUUAUGCCUUCAGUAUUGAGAAUUUCAGGCGCUCAAAGGAAGAAGUUGAUACUCUAAUGAAUUUGAUGAAGGAGAAGCUGGAUCUUCUUGUUGAGAAGGAAAGCAUGGUUAACAAGUAUGGAAUUAGGGUUCAAAUUAUAGGAGAUAUCAGUCUUUUUCCUCAGAAUGUAAGAGAAUCUGCAGAAAGAGCCAUGGCUUUCUCUAGAAAUAAUGAUAAGGCCAUUCUGAAUAUCUGUGCUCCUUAUACUGGUACUCAGGAGAUUGCCAAGGCUGUUGAAGGCGUUUUGAAGGCUGGGGAUUUGGAUGAAAAGAAGAUUAGUGCAGAGGAUAUUGAGAGGCAUCUGUAUACUUCUGAUUGUCCAGAGCCAGAGCUUUUGAUUAGGACAUCUGGGGAGACCAGGCUUAGUAACUUUCUUCUGUGGCAGACUUCUUUUUCUUUGCUCUAUGCUACUCCUAUUCUGUGGCCCGAGUUUGGAUCCAAGCACCUUGCCAGAGCUGUUUUGGAGUAUCAGAGAGCUUACCCUUUUCUUCAGGAGAAGAAGCAUGGAGAUGGGAAAGAAAAGGUGCUUAUUCAUCAGCACUAUGACUAAGUAAAAAGUAGUUGUACUGUGAAACUUGAUGGCUGUCUGUGUUGACUGUGGGAUAUUGUAAUUGUAAUUAUCAGUAUCUGUGAUAUAUAGACUAAUAUGUGGAAGAGUAGUGUUGUUUAAAGAUUUUGUGUGAUGUUUUAUGAAAUAGUUUUGUUUCUCAUUCUGAUGAUGAAUCAUGGAGGAUGAUUUGAAAUGUUGAAGAAAAAAUUGUUAACGCAGUCAAAUCCAGAAAUCAUCAAAUAAGUUUUGUUUUGGAGUAUCAGAGAGCUUACCCUUUUCUUCAAGAGAAGAAGCAUGGAAAUGGGAAAGAAAAGGUGCUUAUUCAUCAGCACUAUGACUAAGUGAAAAGUAGUUGUACUGUGAAACUUGAUGGUUGUCUGUGUUGACUGUGGGAUAUUGUAAUUGUAAUUAUCAGUAUCUGUGAUAUAUAGACUAAUAUGUUGUAAGGAA